AUGGGGCGGCGUGAGGGGGGGCGGCACCCCGCGCUGGACCCUCGCGGUCGUGUGGGACAGGGCCUGCGGGUGUCCAGCCGUGAACCCCCCGCUUCCAGCCUGGGGGGCUCCCCCUUCCGUGAGGGCCCCCGUGGCCGGUCCCCCUUUCCCGAUCUCAGGAAGCAGGCGAGGCAGCUGGAGAACGAGCUGGACCUGAAGCUGGUCUCCUUCAGCAAACUCUGCACCAGCUACAGCAGCACCCGAGACGGAAGGCGCGACAGCUCUGACACAACUCCUCUCUUAAAUGGAUCAAGCCAGGACAGAAUGUUUGAGACCAUGGCUGUGGAGAUUGAACAACUUCUGGGAAAGCUUACUGGAAUAAAUGACAAAAUGGCAGAAUACACAAAUAGUGCAGGAGUCCCGUCCCUGAAUGCUGCACUGAUGCAUACGUUACAGCGUCACAGAGACAUAUUGCAGGAUUAUACGCACGAAUUCCACAAAACCAAAGCGAACUUUUUGGCAAUACGAGAAAGGGAGAAUCUGUUGGGAUCAGUACGAAAAGAUAUCGAAUCAUACAAAAGUGGGUCUGGCGUGAAUAACAGAAGAACAGAACUAUUCCUGAAGGAACACGAACACCUUCGAAACUCAGAUCGACUGAUAGAAGAAACAAUAAGCAUUGCCAUGGCAACUAAAGAAAAUAUGACUUCGCAGAGAGGAAUGUUGAAGUCGAUACAAAGCAAGAUGAAUACCUUGGCUAAUCGGUUUCCAGCAGUCAACAGCCUGAUUCAAAGGAUCAACCUUCGGAAACGACGAGAUUCUCUCAUCUUGGGUGGCAUUAUUGGCAUCUGUACCAUCUUACUGCUGCUAUAUGCUUUUCAUUGA